CCAAAAUUUAAAGUCCUCGGAGUUUUAUUUUAUUUUUUAUCAUUUUCCUCCUUUUCUCUCUCCUUUUUUAUUUUUCUCAUGUUGGAAGUGGAUGAGGUGGCUUCUAAUUUUCAUAAAUUGACAGUUCGUUCCGAGAAUGAUACCGCGCUGCAACAUCGAUUUAUUGGGGAUAUCAACAUGGCUGAAGAGGAUGAACCAUUACUAAAGAAAUCUCAAAGACGCUUUGCUCUAUUUCCGGUUCAAUAUAAGGAGAUAUGGCAGAUGUACAAGAAAGCAGAAGCAUCGUUCUGGACCUCGGAAGAGAUUGACCUCACUCAUGAUCUUGUCGACUGGAACGAGCGAUUAAACAAUGACGAGCGUCAUUUCAUCACCCACGUCCUUGCAUUCUUUGCCGCCUCUGACGGUAUCGUGAACGAAAAUCUGUUGGAGCGCUUUUCAAACGAAGUGCAAGCAGCUGAGGCGCGCUACUUUUAUGGGUUCCAAAUAAUGAUGGAAAACGUUCAUUCUGAAACUUACUCUCUGCUUAUCGAUACAUACGUCAAGGAUCUUAAUCAACGCGCAUAUCUCUUCGACGCAAUAGAAACAAUACCGUGCAUCAAGCGCAAAGCCGACUGGGCCCUCAAAUGGAUAUCUGACAAACGAAGCACUUUUGCAGAGAGAUUGGUGGCAUUCGCUGCUGUCGAGGGAAUCUUUUUUUCUGGGUCGUUCGCUUCCAUUUUCUGGUUAAAGAAGCGCGGCCUGAUGCCUGGCCUAACUUAUUCAAACGAGCUCAUCAGCCGAGAUGAAGGUUUACAUACCGAUUUCGCGUGUCUCCUUACCACCCAUCUAAAGCGCCCCGCCCAACCGGGUAUCAUCAAGAAAAUUAUAACGGAAGCGGUUGCUAUCGAACAAGAUUUUUUGACUGAUGCCCUUCCUGUGUCACUCAUAGGCAUGAAUGCAAGUUUGAUGCGGCAAUACAUUCAAUUCGUUGCAGACCGACUGCUGGUAGCCUUAGGUGUCGAAAAGUACUACAACUCCACCAAUCCUUUUGACUUCAUGGACAUGAUCUCGUUGCAAGGCAAAACCAACUUCUUUGAGAAACGUGUCUCUGAGUACUCAAAAGCUAAUAUCCGUCACUCCACCCCAAAUCCUGAACCUGCUAGAAAUUUCAAAUUGGAUGAAGAUUUUUGACCUUCACAGGGAUAAGCCUGUUCUUCUGUGUAAUUGUUCUUCAGCUCUCGCUUGCGGCUUGUACACCCACCCACCUCACUCACAAUGUAUCAUUUAUGUCUAGAUUUCUUAUAGCUAUGUACUACAGUUGCGUAUAAUAUGUGCAACACCUACUCAUUCUCAUACCUUAUAUACUAUCUAGAUAAUCCCUGUACUUGAUUAACUUCACUAUUGUAUGCAAUCACAUCUAAUGGGCCCUGGCUGUUCCUCAAUGGGACCGUGUCGG